AUUCGGAAGGCUCCAUCACAGUUUACGAUUUCCCACUACCCCCACCACCACCGGCCCAUUCAAUUGCCAGCCUCCUCACCCGCUACCACCACCUCGACCUUCACUCCACUCGAUCUCUUCGCAAUGGUUCUGGCUUCCCGAUGCUGUGCCCGUCUGGCGGUCCGCUCGUCCUUCUCGCUCGCGCCGAAGGCGGCGGCACUCCCGGUGAUGAACCGGCGGUACAACUCGACUGCCGCGACCGAUCCCAAGAUCGCCUCCAUUGUCGACCAGAUAUCCGGGUUGACACUGCUGCAGACCGCCGAGCUGGUGUCUUCGCUCAAGACCCGCUUGAACAUUCCCGACAUGGCGCUCCAAUCGUUUGCCGCUUCUCCGGCCGCUGCCCCCGCCGCUGCCGCUGAGGAACCCGAGGAGGAGGUCGUCCUAGAGAAGACCAUGUUCAAUGUCAAGCUUGAGAGCUUCGAGGCUGGUUCGAAGCCCAAGAUCAUCAAGGAGGUCAAGUCGCUGCUCGGUCUGUCGUUAGUGGACUCGAAGAAGUUCGUUGAGUCGGCACCCAAGAUUCUGAAGGAGGGUUUGUCGAAGGAGGAUGCCGAGAAGAUCCAGAAGACGCUACAGGACCUCGGUGCGAAGGUUGUGCUGGAGUAGAGAAGGACUAGAAGGUUGGGUAGAAAAGAAUGGGCAAUUUGUACUUUGAUAGGGAACGACUGUGUAUAUCUAGCAGAU